AUGGCGGCCAAAGAACAAAAUGGUCGUGUGGGGAUGAUCAAAAAAUUACGACGUUCCGCAUCGGCCAGUGAACAUAAUAUGAGUGAAUUGCGAAAUCGCAAAUCAACACAACAUCUCUUCGAUCAACAUGGCACACCCAUAGAUCUCAAACAAUUUCGCAAAGUUCUAGACAAAGAAGAUAAUGGCAGCAACAAUAAUAACAGUUCGGAAAAGAAGACCAGAUACAGGCGGACACAGAGUGUAACUAGGGCAGAAGAAAUUACCACCAAAUCGGAGAAGCAACGACUUCAACAGCCAGAUAAAGGCUGCCAUCGUCCCAGAGACUCAUUGUUCUCCUGGAGUUCUGGAUUUAGUAAUUUUACCGGGUUAGUUAAUUGGGGUUUCCUGCUAUUGACAAUUGGUGGCUUCCGGUUGUGUUUAGAAAACUUAUUAAAAUAUGGCAUUCGGGUAAAUCCCCUGGAAUGGUAUAUCUUUUUGAGCGGCAAAAAUGAAUCUGAAGGACAUGCAUCAUUGUUUUUAAUUUUAUAUUCUUUUGUACACAUAUCAAUAUGUUUACUGGUGGAAAAAGGACUAGCCAUGGAAAUUAUAUCUGAAGGCUUAGGCAUGUUUAUGCAGGUGACAAACAUUAUUGUGGUUGUUGUAUUACCAGUGAUAAUAAUGCACUUAAAGGGACAUCUCUUCAGUUUAAUGGGUGCAUCUACAGUUUGCUUUUUCUAUUCCAUAUUAUUUUUGAAAUUAUGGAGUUAUGUUCAAGUGAAUAUGUGGUGUCGUGAAACCUAUCACAUGAAACAAUAUAAGCCUAGGGUGCGACGACCCAGUAUAACAUUGGCUCAAUUGAAAAAUGGCACCUUGGUUGAUGACGAAGAAAAAGAUGAAGAUGUCCCCGUGUUAGUACAAUAUCCCGAUAAUUUAUGUUAUAAAGAUAUUAUUUACUUUUUGGCUGCACCCACACUAUGCUAUGAGCUGAAUUUCCCCAAAACAACCCGAAUUCGUAAACGUUUCUUGUUGAAACGUUUAUUGGAAGUUAUUAUUGGUGUUAAUGUGGUUAUGUCACUGUUCCAACAAUGGAUAAUUCCAUCGGUAAAGAAUUCGUUAAUACCAUUUUCACGUAUGGAAAUUGGUUUGGCCACCGAACGUCUACUGAAGCUGGCUCUUCCCAAUCAUUUAGUGUGGUUAUGUUUCUUCUAUUUGACAUUCCAUUCAUUUUUAAAUGCCACCGGUGAAAUAUUGCAUUUUGCCGAUCGUAAUUUCUAUAACGAUUGGUGGAAUUCAAAUAAUAUUGACACAUUUUGGCGAACAUGGAAUAUGCCAGUUCAUAGGUGGUGUGUUCGUCACUUGUAUAUUCCUGUGGUUAAAAUGGGUUACUCCUCGAGACAGGCCUCAACUAUUGUCUUUUUAAUCAGUGCUUUCUUCCAUGAGUACUUGGUAUCUGUGCCAUUACAAACAUAUAAAAUAUGGGCUUUCCUCGGGAUGAUGGGUCAAAUUCCUCUAUCAGCCAUAUCGAAAGCGGUGGAACGUGCAUUGGGGCCACGUAUGGGCAACAUCAUUGUAUGGGCCUCGAUUAUUUUAGGUCAACCCCUAUGCAUUAUGAUGUAUUAUCACGAUUAUGUUAUAACACAUUAUACCGACUCCUUGAAUAAUAGUACCAUAUAUGUAUAA